AGUAAAAGGCAAGGACCGCAUUGCCUCCCAACCCCACCGCGCAGCGGCCUCUGGCAAAAAGGGGCUCUGGGGACCGAGCAGGGGCGGUGAAACCCCCAUCGGGCGCCGGAAGGAAAUUUCUCGGCCACCGGGGGAGCUAUACCGAUUCGUACUACUAGUUAAGGGGUCGAAGGCAGGGUUAGCGGGAAGAGGCGCAACAAACGAGGCCUUCCGAUGGACGCCACGGCGGAAAUCGGCUGCCUCCAGGCGUUCGAUAAGCGACCCAAGGUUGGUCGAACGCCCCCACCAUCAGCGCCGCCGGUUUUGGCGGGGGACAUGUUCCCAUUUGAGCGGGCUGGUGAAAGCGAGACGCCAAAAAGGGGAAGGGAUGCUAUGAGCCCUUCAAGCCCCGAGAAGCACGCAAAAAAAUCAAAGUGCCAGAAGCCCCCCGUCGAGCUAGUGUUCGAUCUGGGAAAUCUGAUAGACGGACUGAUUUCAACGUGUAUAGAAAAGAAGCCGGCAGUUUGCCACAUAAACCAGAGCAUGAAGGAUACCCUAAUGAGCAUCAAGGAGAUCCAGCUAGAGCUUAGCGAAAGAUUUGAGGAGGUAGAGGCUACAAAAGGGCGCGCGGCCACGCAAACAACGCCGGGUUUGGCGUCAUACAGCCAAGUGGUUAGAAAGGCGAACCAACCAGGACCAGAGGCAACAAAGCCACCCGUGCUGGAAAAUAGGGCGCGACCGAAAAUGUCCGGGCAGACGACGCAGCGCAAUGCGGAUAAGCCUAUCAGGAGAGUUCGCCCUGACGCCCUUGUUAUAGCUGGGGCAGAAGGCCACUCAUACAGCGAAAUCCUAAAUAUGGUAACGAGGAGAGACGACAACGAGCUGGAGGAAGUCCGUAAGAAUGUGCGCAGGAUAAAACGCACGGCCAAGGGAGAGCUGCUUCUGGAACUGGACGGGUCCGCAAGGAGCGACACGCAAGCCAUCAAGGAAGACAUUGGCCGAGUCCUUGGUGACCAUGCCCGCGUACGAGCAAUUGUGGAGGAAAUCCACUUGGAAAUACGCGACCUAGACGAACUGUCCACCAAAGAGGAGGUAGCAGCAGCCGUAUCUGCGGCAACAGGCCACCAAGUGGAUGCCUAACGGGUCAAAGCGCUUCGCUCAGCCUACGCGGGCACAAAAGUGGCCGUUCUCGGACUGGUGCCACAAAUAGCAGCAAAACUUCUCGCAGAGGGGAAAGUAAAGGUAGGCAGGUCCAACUGCCGGGUUCGGGAAAGAUCGGCCGAACGGCGCUGUUAUAAGUGUCUGGAGUUCAGGCAUAUAGCGGCCCGGUGCAAGAGCGGAGUAGAUCGCAGCGCCUGUUGUCUAAAGUGCGGCAAACCGGGGCAUAAGGAGAUGCCCUAUGAGCAAAAAACCGUCAGAAAAGUGAAGAUCCUGCAAGUCAACAUCAACCACUGCGAAGCCGCGCAUGAUCUACUAAAGCAGACUGUGCGGGAAAUCCAAGCCGAUGUGGCGAUAAUCAGCGAGCCGUACAAAAAGAUUCCCGGGCCGGACUAUGUACUGGAUACUACGAAGUCUGCGGCGAUCUUGACGAUUGGGUCAUCCCGGCCACAGCACUUGCGAGCCGGUUCGUUUUUCAUUCGAGCUACGGUGAACGAGGUCACAAUCUACAGCUGCUAUCUGCCACCACGCCUUUCUCUCCAGGAGUUCGCGGCAGUUCUGGAUUAACUGGUGGACGACGCAAGGGGAAGGCGAAACGUUAUCAUUGCUGGCGAUUUUAACGCGUGGGCCGUGGAGUGGGGGUCAGUCUGCACGAACAGCAGAGGGAGAACACUGCUUGAAGCCAUUGCGUCACUUGACGUUGCUCUACUAAAUUCCGGAUCGGAGCACACAUUUAGCAGAGCAGGAGCCGGCUACGUUGUGGACCUUACAUUCAUCAGCAGCUCACUUUUCUCGCAAGCCCGCUGGCGCCUCAGUGAAAUCUACACUGCAAGCGACCACAAGGCCAUCAUCUGCGACAUAGCAUGCGGUCGGCCAGCUACUACGGUCCCAACAAACAGACGCUUUAACCCAAAGACGUUCCAGGAGGACGCGUUUCUCAGAGGAUGGAGAGAUCCCGAAACUGGUGAACACGCGGAGAGCAGCUCGGCGAGGCUUAUGGGAGCCAUGGUGACGGCAUGCAAAGCCAGCAUGAGGGAAACAAGGAGCCACCAUCGGAACCUAGAACCAGUCUUCUGGUGGACUGGGGAAAUCGCGGAAGCGCGCAGCGACUGCCUGAGGGCCAGAAGGCGGCAGCAGAGGGCGAGAGGUCGCCCAAAUAUCGAGCUUAGGAGGCUGGAGUACGCCGAGAGCCGCAGGACUCUAAAAAGGCUCAUUAAGCAAUCCAAGAAGAAGCGUUUCCUGGAACUCUGCGACUCAGCUGAGCAGGACCCGUGGGCCGCAGCCUACAAAGUUGUAGUCAGAAAGAUGGGCCAGGUAAAGCCCCUCGGCGCCGGAGAAGCUUCCCACAUGAAGACGAUCGUAGAGCACCUAUUUCCAACAGUAACCUCAGUUCCUCAGCGCGCGUACGCAGAACCUGCAGAUACAUCACCGAUCA